CAGCAAGCAAAUGAAUAUCUGCAACCAUGCAAUUCUCCUCAUGCAUGUCACUUGUGUUAUUAAUCCUAACAACCCAUCUUUUCAUACCUUCACUCGCAGAACAAUGUAACCCAUAUGACAAGAAUACCCUCCUCCAAAUCAAAAAAGAACUUGGCAACCCAACCAAACUGUCUUCGUGGAACCCAACCACGGACUGCUGUGACAACUGGUAUGGUGUCUCAUGCGACUACAACACAUGGCUCUACCGUGUCAUCCAUCUUGGUCUCGACAACCUCGACCUCCCUCAACCCGUUCAAAUCCCACCCUCCGUUACUAACCUCCCUUUCCUCCUCUGCCUCUCUCUCGACAACAAUCCCAACCUUGUCGGCACUAUCCUGCCCACCAUUGCUAACCUCACCAACCUCGAGUACUUUUUCCUCAGCCACACCAGCAUCUCCGGUGAGAUACCCAACACUCUCUCUAAGAACAAACGCCUCAUAGACCUCGACUUUAGCAACAGCAAACUCACCGGUCCUCUCCCCGCCACACUCCCGUCUCUCCCUGUCAUUUCCGGAAUCAUUUUCGACGGCAACAAACUCACCGGUACAAUACCAGAAUCCUACGGUUCGUUCCCGAAUUCCUUCACAGUGCUGAGUCUUUCGCAUAACCGCCUCUCUGGGAAGAUUCCGGCUUCUCUGGCGAAACUGAACCUUUUGUUUGUGGAAUUGGAAGGGAACAUGUUGGAGGGUGACGCUUCUGUGUUUUUUGGGUCCAAGAAAAGUACUUUCAAGAUAUUAUUAGGAAAUAACUCGUUUUCUUUUGAUAUUGGAAAAGUUGGAUUGUCGGAGGAUUUGCGUGCUUUGGAUUUGAGUAAUAAUAAAAUCUACGGUUCUCUACCUGAAAGCCUGAUUAAGCUGAAGUAUUUGCAUGAGUUGAAUGUUAGCAACAAUAAUUUGUGUGGUCAGAUUCCACAAGGUGGAAAAAUGAAAAGGUUUGAUAAGUCUUCUUAUGCUAAUAAUAAAUGCUUGUGUGGGUCUCCUCUUCAAGGUUGCAAAGCUUGAAUUCAAUCCAUAAGAGAAGUCUAUUUUGUUGUGUUGAUGUAAUUUCGGAUGAUUAAUUAUUAAUCCAUCUUAUAUAUUAUGGGUCACUAAAUUUAUUUA